AAAUGUUAAAAAUAAUUUUCCCUCUCAUUUGGUGCCGCUUUCACAAAGGGCGUGAAUUGCAAAGCAAGGGUUUCAUAUCUGAUUUUCCCUGCUUAUCAUCUCUCUCAAUUUGUGUCCUUUGUUCUAGAAAUGGCGAAAGAGAAAAGAGACAAACACAACAAUAUCAUAGCUCUCACCGGAGCUGCCGGCGCCGCCGCGCUUCUCGCUUUCGCUCUCAACUUCGCUAUUUCUUCGCUCAAUUCCAGGCACAAGAAGAAAGAACUUAAAGGCUCUAAGGUGCAAAUUAAUCUAUCGCCGUCUCGAAUUAUUCGAUUAGCUGACCAGUUAAUUGCGAAAUCGAAAGCCGUGCACGAUGCUGUUGCUUCCGUUCCUCUCGACAAGGUUAGCUAUAAUAAUGUAAUAUCGCCAUUGGUAGAUUUGGAAAUACAGCAAUUUCCGCUGCUCCAAUCCUGUAUCUUUCCAAAGAUGGUAUCUUCAUCUGAAGAUGUGCGCAAAGCAAGUGCUGAAGCUGAGCGAAAAAUAGAUGCUCAUGCUGACAAAUUAAGAAAGAGGGAAGAUUUGUACCGUGUUAUCAAGGCAGUUGCAGUGAAGGGGGAAAAGAUGAGCACCGAAGCUAAACGAUAUACACAGUUUCUGGUUAAAGACUUUGAGCGGAAUGGUUUGAACCUCACAUUAGCUAAAAGAGAAGAGCUGCAGCGUUUGAAGACCCAGUUAGAUGAUUUAAGCAUUCAAUAUAUCCGAAACAUCAAUGAUGAUGGUUCAUUUCUCCUCUUCAACGAGAUGGAUUUACUAGGGCUGCCUCUUCAAUUUCUACAGAGUCUGGACAAAGCAGAAAAUGGGAAGCUCAAGAUUUCACUUGGAAGUCACCAUCUUUUGCCAGUACUAGAGUUUUGUAAGGUAGGUACCACAAGAAAAUCUGUGGCUGUGGCAUAUGGGAGGCGAUCUGAGCUUAACCUUUCUGUAUUACAGAAUCUGGUUCAUUUGCGCCAUAAAUUCGCUAGACUGCUUGGCUAUUCAAACUAUGCUGACUACACUGUUGAACUCAGAAUGGCAAAGUUUUCUCGCAAGGUUUUUGAAUUCUUAGAGGACAUAUCUGCUGGUUUAACUGAGUUGGCUGCUAAAGAACUUGAUCUUCUGAAAGGCUUAAAGAAGGAGGAGGAAGGUGAGCAUCCUUUUGGCAUUGAGGAUCUUCAAUACUACGUGAAGAGGGUAGAAGAAAAACAGUUUGACCUAGACUUUGGUGUUGUUAAGCAGUACUUUCCUGUUGAUGUUGUUCUAUCAGGGGUCCUUAAGAUAUGUCAAGACCUUUAUGGACUAAGAUUCGAGGAAAUUGCAGAUUCUAUCAUCUGGCAUCACGACAUUAAUGUUUAUUCAGUUUAUGAUUUGCGUUCUUGUGAAUUGUUGGGUUAUUUGUACCUCGAUUUGUAUAAAAGGGAAGGCAAGUAUGGGCAUACAUGUGUCGUUCCUCUUCAAUAUGGUUCGUCUCAAGAUGGCUCAAGACAGAUUCCUGUGGCAUUACUUAUAUCUCAGUUCCAAAAGGAUGCUGGCGGUUGUUCAGGGUUAUUGCGAUUCUCAGAAGUAGUUAGUCUUUUCCAUGAGUUUGGUCAUGUGGUCCAUCAUAUUUGCAAUCGUGCAUCAUUUCCGAAAUUUUCUGGUCUUCGCCUUGACCCUGACUUUGUAGAAAUUCCUGCACAGGUUUUGGAAAACUGGUGUUAUGAUAACAUAGCUCUAAAGAUGAUAUCUGGUUAUCAUGAGGAUAUUACAAAGCCCAUUAAUGAUGAAAUUUGUGAUUCACUGAGAAGAUGGCGUUCUUCUUUCUCAGCGCUCAAAUUGAAGCAAGAGAUUCUUUACUGUCUCUUUGAUCAAAUUGUACAUUCCAAUGAGAAUGUUGACAUUAUCGGUUUGUUCAAGCACCUUCAUCCAAAGGUUAUGGGUGGCUUGCAGAUGUUAGAAGGAACCAACCCAGCUUCAUGUUACUCACGUUUGGCAAUAGGUUAUGAAGCUGUGUGCUACAGCCGCAUCUGGAGUGAGGUGUUUGCUGCGGAUAUAUUUGCCUCAAAGUUCCGUGACAAUCUAUUUGACCAAAAUGUGGGGACGCAGUUCAGAGAAAAGGUAUUAGGUCCCGGAGGAGCAAAAGAUCCUGUUGAAAUCCUGACAGAUUUUCUAGGAAGGGAGCCUUCAAUCCAAGCUUUCAUCGACAGCAAAAGUGACUUUAUCUAGUAGAGAAAAAGACAAGGAGAAAAGUAGUUACAUUUUUGUAGCAGGAAUAUACUUUUCUUCAAGACCAUUCAUUCUAAAUUGCAGGCCACAAUACACUUGACAAGCCUUUUUUAUGUUUUUUUUUACUAUUAGUUAUCCCUGCACCCUGCUCAUGGUUAAUAUCAAAACCUUUAUACUUUC